AUGUUGCUAAAUUUGAAUACGGGAAUUUUUCCCCUCAUUGGGAUAAGUUGGCGCGAGCGUUUUAUACCAGUGCUGUUCACUCCAUUUCAUUAUUUGCGCCCACGUAAACAAACGCAAAGGGUGGAUCGCUGCAGGACCAAAAAGCAGUACAAGAACAGACGGCAUUUUAGAGGCUACUACUACAGGUGGAUGGGCUCCUACUAA